UAAGAUGCAGUGCCAUCAGCAAACAGUGAAUUCAUCAUCCACUUCAGCAUCCAACUCACAACCAAACAACGUUUCCUUUCCGUUUCUCUUUCUCUUUCCAAUUUCCUGUCUCCUUGUCUCCUUGUCUCCAUCUCAUUCACUGAAAAAGUCUUUUUCCAACACACUCUCUACAUCUGCUGCGCAGGUUUCGUUCCGAUCAUCUUCAAACCACUUGCUCGACCAGCUCGAACUUCCCAAUCAAACGACUAUCCUUUUCAAAUCCUUCUUUUUUCGACACAUCAACCAAAAUGCCUGUCCCAAGCUACGGUGCCGCUCCCAUCAGCAAGCUCUUCUUGCUUGUGCGCAUGCUGCAAGUUCUUUCCAUGGUUAUCAUCAUUGGCAUUACUGCCAACUUCAUCGGCAACAUCGUCAGCACAGGUGUCGAGCCGCCCAAAGAGUUUGUAGGCACAAUCAGUGUGACUUGCAUCGCUACCCUAUACAUCAUGGUUAGCAUUGCCUUUUUCUGGUCGGGCGCGAAUCUUGGACUGCUUGUCAUGUCAGGGAUCGACUCUCUGCUUCUCAUUGCCUUCAUUGUGGUGGCUGUUACUGUCGGAAAGCCCGUCUCUUUCCUCAACUGCUACGUCAUCGGCAAGGCUUCUGAAGAAGUUGAUGCAGCCUACGCAUUUGCCUUUACCAAUUCGGUCAAGAACAACCUCAACACUAUGGGAGACAAGCUGAGCUUGAGCCACUGGGCCGGCGUGACAAAGUCCAACUGCUUCCAAGCUAAGACGGUCUGGGGUCUUGGAAUUGCGCUCUGCAUUCUCUUCACCACCUCAUGCGUUCUUCUCCCUGCUCUCUUUUACAAGAACAAGAAGGCCAAUGCUCCCCCCAAGACCGUCGAGGCUUAA